AGAGAGAGAGAGAGAGAGAGAGAUAGAGAGAGGUUUUCACCUAACUGAAUUCUUCCAGUUGGAGCUCUUCUUUUCAGGCUGCAAUGGAAAAGACUCAUUAGUUCCCUAUAUGUACCCUGUAGAACCGAAUUUGUGUUAAUAGAUAACAAUCGCAAGUACGUCUCUACGGGAAUACAUGGGUUACUGAAAUCCCACGUAUGUCAAGAUAAUCGUCUGGUCAACCCUCGCUUCUAUCCAGUAGGUUCUAGCUGCAUGCAGUGUUAGCAGGAAUAACAGGGCACGAAUAGCAUACAUCUCAGAAGAAGUCUGUGUGCAGCAUACACAGUGUGUGUUCAACCUCCACAUAAGUAGCCUAGGCAUUGUCAGGACGUCCAUAGGCCUAUAUUGUGUACAGUAGUUCAUCUGGAAGCAAAGGGCUUCUACGAGUAUUCGGUCAGUACCAGUAAGCAUGUAAAAAAACAGCAAUCGUUUAAAGCGGACUGAUUUACUGCGUUUUACAGCCCUAUAAAACGCCUCAAACAUCGCUGCCAAAAGUAAUAGAAAUGGCGGGCGCGGUCUACACAUAAACAAACCAUAAACAUCUACCCUGUUAUGUCAUUUUCACCUGCUCAUAGAAGACUAAAAGAAGGCCACUACCGCUACAUUAGAUGAUGAUUAACAGGUGAUUGACCUCGUAUUAUAACCCUUGUUAAUAUAAUCUUAUUAUAAUCCAUCCCUAGUAUGUAGUAGGUCCUACAUUUAUAAUAUAUUUAUUUUAUAUAAAUAUUUUAUAUUGAAAUAUGUAAUAUUAUUAUUAUUAACUCCAUUGACUCACAAAGGUCACAUUGAUUAUAUAGGUCUACAGUCCUGUGGUUUGUGGUGUCGUGCAUAAUUGAAGGCAUGGAAUUACAGCCACUGACAAAUUUAGCCAGCAGUUAAUGACAGUAUAAUAGUACCUGUAAAGCGUCUGUGGCAACGGAUAGUCUACCAGACAUAAUUGACAGCUUAUCUGCAAGAGUUUGUAAUGGACUUACUCCCCCAUCUAGGGAUAACAUCAAAUUAAUAACCAUACACGUGCACUUAGACAACCACUAGUGUUGAUGGAGAUAAACUUACGAUUGGUCAAAACGUCCCUACGAGUCAUUUCAGGGCACGUAAAGCUGGUUUCAUCAACAUUGCAGCCUUAUAAAGAUUUGUAUUCAAAUGCAUACGUCUCUAAACAUGGAGAGAGAGAGACAGAGACCUCAAUGCAAUAUCCAAUAAUGACAGUGAUAUAAACAUUAGAGAUACACCAUCAUUAAAGAAUAUUUGCCUUCCCUUGUGUCCUUUGCACAAGAUAGCAAAGUAGGCCUAUUUGACAACUAUGAAUGCAUUUGAAAAGUAUGAAUGCAUUUGAAAAGUAUUAAUACAUUUGAAAAGUAUUAAUGCAUUUGAAAAGUCUUAAUACAUUUGAAAAUUAUUUGGAAUGCUAUGUUUGAAAAGUAUUGGCACAGUUUUGAAAGUUCUCAAAUGCAAAACAAAAUACUCAUUCUGUGGUUACUUCCCUGAUACGGUGCCCAUUUGGUGUCCACUUUCUUCUCAUAUGAGCCAAGCUCAGUUCUAGUUAAAAAAUAAUUCAUAAUUCUGACUGCUAUGUGAGAGUGAAUUUUAGCGUAUUUUUUUUAAAACCUAUUUAGGAUUUGGCGAACAUUAUUGGAUUAUUUUAUAUUUGAGAAUAAUAUUCUUAGAGAGGGCCUAAUCAUUCUACUUUUUUAUUGGUUUUUAUUUUUACUAUUAAUACUUAUUAUUAUUAUUAUUUACUGCUAUUUGUACCUCUGAAAUUAUGCUAAUAAUAUAACUAUAAUGACACUGGGUAAUUCACAUAAGAAGUGUUUGUGUUGCAAUUUUUUGCUGCAAUAUCAAUGGCAUUGGUAACACAACAAGGGAGAGAGUGAGAGAGAAAUUAAAAUUGAAUUCAGAGAGCAGUGAGAGAGAGAGAGAGAGGGAGAGAGAGAGAGAGAGAGAGAGAUAGAGAGAGAGAGAGAGAGAGAGAGAGAGAGAGAGAGAGAUAUUAUGCACACAAUGGCGACCGAAGAUAUGUUUCAAAACCUUUGGUUCCUUAUCCGGGGACUAGCUCUCACUCUGCCAUUGGGCCGUGGGGUCACGUGGUAAAACUAACUUUACAAGGGCUGCUCGCAAGUAGGAGGGCUAUAUGGAGCAGAAAAACGACAAAGCUAGAAAAAUAAAUUUCCACUGCAGAAAUUAAUGAUCAUGAGCUCGUAUUUGAUGGACUCUACCUACAUUGAUCCGAAAUUUCCUCCAUGCGAGGAAUAUUCACAAAACAGCUACAUCCCCGAGCACAGCCCCGAAUAUUACAGCCGCGCCAGGGACCCUAGCUCUGGUUACCAGCAUCACCAUCAGGAGUUAUACCCUCCGCGGGCGAGCUACCAAGAGCGCCAAUAUAAUUGUGCAAGCAUCCCUGAACCUGACACGCAAAGGGGACAUGGACUACCCCAUUCUGCGCACCUGCUUGCAGGGAAAGGGCAGCCAGCCUCAUGUGAGACCCCACAGUUACCCAUGUCCCCCAUCACUCCACCAGCUGCAUCCUCCGCCUGCAACCAAGCUACACCGGAGCAUCCAAACAGCUCAGCCUCCUCCAAGCAGCCCGUGGUAUACCCAUGGAUGAAGAAAAUUCACGUCAGCACCGCGAACCCGAAUUACAAUGGACCGGAUUCCAAGCGGUCUAGGACAGCUUACACUCGACAGCAGGUCUUAGAAUUGGAGAAGGAAUUCCACUAUAACCGCUAUUUAACUCGGCGGAGGCGCAUUGAGAUAGCCCACACCUUGGUUCUCUCCGAACGACAAAUCAAGAUUUGGUUUCAGAACCGCAGGAUGAAGUGGAAAAAAGACCAUAGGCUUCCUAACACCAAAGUGAGAUCCUCCACCACGGGCAUAUCCUCCGGGUCCAACACAACCUCAUCAGCCGGUGUUGUCGCCACUUCCUCGGCCACUGGUAGCAUUACUCCCGAUGAACUGUCCGGAGUAGAGGAUGGCGAGGAUAUUACAAGGUUAUAAGGCGAAAAGAAAACCCCUUUAAGAAGGGGGAUAGAGAAUGACUGAUUAUUUAUAGUAUAUUAUAUAUUUUGUUUUCGUAGGUAUUUGUGCGGUUUCAUUUAAGUCCAAAGUUAUAUAAAAUGCAUGUUAUAUCGCAUGGAUUUAUACGAAUACUGAUGAGUUAUUUUUACGUGACACAGGGUUUAAGUUAUUUAAUGCUGAAUCAAGAUUAUGUUUUUUUUACGAGAAAAAUGUUUUGAAUGAAGGAAAUGAUUGUACAUUUAAUCUAAAUGUUAUUGUGAGCCAUUUGUUUGCCCUACCGCCCAUGUUGAAAUGCACAAUCUAUUUAUUUCAAGCUCAACGCUGGAAGAAUGUCAUUAUUAGGCAAUCAGAGUUAUUUUGGGUAAAAAUGCUGGAACGUACCAAUGGAACAUUGAUCUUGAACGCAUAUGUUUAGGAUUAUAACAAGGUGAAUUAGCUCCUUGCUUUCAGAAACAGGAUUUUUAAUUACAAUCUAGUUUGUGGUGUGUUUAGCAGAUUAUUGUGAAAUGCAAUACACAGAGUUUAGUGUAUUUGUUAUAAUCAUAUUGGUCAAUAAAACAGUGGGUGUACUAGUUUUACGCGCGUUUGGAUCGAUUCAUUCAUGGCCAACAGGGUGCCUAUUGUUUUGGUGACUGUGGCUAUUGAUGUGGUGGCCGUUAUAUAAAAUAGUAUAGUCACAAUUUACCAAGUUCUUUAUUGUUGGUUCAGCCUAACAACGCAUUAUUUGUUUGGCAAUGUUUAGCUAUAAAUUGUUUAGCCUAUGCCAAAUAUGAUACUGACGAUUUGAAAUGUUCCUUUAGAAUCGUUCUCGAGGUCGGCACGCGUAUACAGAUCCACCGUUCAUAUUCCCCCCUAAUCCAAUAAUAAUCCAUAAUUCUACUCCAAAUAAAGGGUUAUGGCCUGGCUGCAUGCAUCAUAUUAUCCUACAUGUAGCCCAUUAUUCUCAAGGACAUUCAAUUAACUUGGCAAGACAUUCCACCAGGCCCUCAACCAUGCCCCUUCAGAUUAUACUGGCUGGCUGGAGCCCUGCUUCCUGCUCAUUACUGAACAUAUAGCUCUGCACAUACCUUUUGGAAAUCAAUUUCAUAUUGCCAAAAUAUGACACAUAAUCAGUUGUGUUGAUGGUAUAUGCGCUCCUAUUAAUUCAUUGUUUAGCCCCAAUUGCAGGUUGAUUAUUUUCUUCUAAUAAAGUCAAUAACUCGAGGUCAGAUUCUGAAAGGCCUAAGGCCUUGAAGGACUACAUCGUGGACUAUAAGUGAGAAUAUAGCCUGCAAAAUAUUGUAUUCGGAUUAUAUCUACCAGCAAGACCUGUUGCCACUUAAAAAUAUGCAUCCAGAUUUUCCAAGAUGAUCUUGUAUAAAACAAUUGUUUGGAUAAUAGUGUUUAAUAUGCAUGCACGUAGGCCGCCUUCUCAAUAUGCAAUCAUUUGUACCCUAUAUACAAUGGAAUGUUAGUUGUAAGUUUGAGAUGUUCACCAAUUGUCAUUCGUAUAAUAGUCUAUGUUUGUUGCGACCUGAGACCUCCCCCGUCAAAGUGAAGAAUAUGCUUUUAAAAAGUGGCGCUUGAGGCAACGUCAUCGUGACCUCUGCUCUUGGUAAGUAUAGCCUAUACUGCUCAAGCAUCGUGGGGGGAUUUUCGAUAGGACUAUGGCAAUGUUGUGGACGUGUUGUCACCAUGCAACUGUGAUAAUACAUAGGACAGUCAUAUUGCGCCUUUGAUCUUAUCUGGGCCCUAGCCACGAAACAGGCCGUCCAAUUAACAGUUCUCCAAAACGAAUUUAAUUGUAGAAUAACUUUUUCUUAUUCUGCUCAAAAUGUUGUGCAAAAAAUGCAAUGUUUGAAAAGAGCGCAAUAGUUUGAUAGAUGAUUUAAACUGUGUGACUUGAAUAGAAAUGAUACAACGGCUUGCUAGGUGGGGGGCAAAGAGCACAAAGGGGAGAGGUAUUCUAAACCAUCAAUCUUAGCGCCGCAGAGUAACGAAUUAUUUGGGUCUGAAUAUAUUAAUUUGGCAACAGCCUCUCUCAGAAAUAAACCCAAAUCGCUAACUAGUAAUUUUACGAAAUAAAACUAUCAGGGCCAAAAAGGAAACUUAACACCGUGACUUGGACAUGACUUUGGAAUGGCAGUUGGAACGCCCGUAAAGCCCUAAAACAUGCAGAAUUCCAGUACCCUUUAUAUAGCUGCCUGGACAAUUGAGAGAAAUUAAUGUGUAGCUACGCCACAGUCUCAUCAUCCCUCCAAUCUCUUUCUAGAUCCUGUCGCCUCCAUGUAGCGAGGCUGAAAAGGUACUUUAUUGAAGUUUGGGAUCAACCGCGAGAAGGCCGAGUUCAGUCGGAGGGCACAUUUUCUGUCCCAUUAGGUCCGUUUCAGCCGGGAUGGCCGACCUUUGCAACCCCCCGUGACCUGACUGGGUCUCUAUACUUGUACCUUCUGUGUGUGCCCUCGUAGGUCGUCCCCGGUCCUUGCGUGGCCUCGUCAGGGCUCUGGACUUUCUUUGUGUGUUUUUCUACUUGAGGGGCCGGUAGAAGGGCACCUCUGAAUGUGUUGCUCUUUUGUUGCUCUCAGUGGUGACCCGAGAGUGCGGUGAACUGUCGGUCACUUCUUUUCCAUUGUGCGCCCUGUAGGACCUAGACCCUUUGUAGGACAUCCUACAAAUUUGAGGGACUUCCAAGCGGUUACUUCGGAGCUUAUGAUCGGUCUGCAUGUGAGUGUUACUCAUGUCGAAUGCAUUAUUACCUUUUUGUAUUAGAAUUAUGUACAUAACAAAAAUAGUUUUGAUGUGCAUAGCUUCAGUGUAAUCUCACGAGUACAUGUUCGAGGAUAGUAUUUAAAUUUCAAUAUGAUUAAAUUAAGGAUUAGUAGACCUAGACCUAUGUAUAUAUGCACUUUCCGGCGUAGUAUAGGCUUAAGCCUACCUACAUUUACCAUUUCAAAUGCAAAUGUGUUCCUGGACAUGCCUUUGAUUCUUACAAUAACAUAACCAGUUCUAAAAUAAAUAAAAUCAUUUUUUUUAACAGAAAUAUUUUUAAAUCCAUAUGCUGUUGCUAUCUAUCAUUUGUAGGCAUAUUGUGUAUUUUAUUACAAACUGUUGUACCUCAUGUAGCAAAAACCUAUCUUUGCAGUUGACUGAAUAUCUAGACUUAAUUCUCUCUCACCAUAUGUCAGCAUCAGAGAUGCUCAUUAGAGAUGCUGCCGGGGAUCUCCAUGCAAAAUAUUACAUGGCAGGUGUGUUUCAUAGAACUGUAUUAGGAAGUAUUCCCCUCUUACAGUUUGAACAUUUGACUUUCUCUCAGAUUCAUCUCCAUAUAGAUAUUUAGGCUAUGAUAUGUUACAGUAUGUAUUUGUGUGGGUAACAGACUAUAUAGUGACUCGUAAUCACUAUAUUAGUGAUGUGGCAGGUAGCCUAGUGGUUAGAGCGUUGGACUAGUUGGGCUAGUAACCGAUAGGUUGCAUGAUUGAAUCCCGGAGCUGACAAGUUAAACAUCUGUCGUUCUGUCCCUGAACAAGGCAGGUAACCACUGUUCCUAGACCGUCAUUGAAAAUAAGAAUUUGUUCUUAACUGACUUGCCUAGUUAAAUAAAGGUCAAAUAUAUAUUAUGAACUGUAUUUAGAGGGUUGACGUUCAAAUGUACUUUUUAGAAUUAUUUAACACAAAAGAGUGUUUUUUUCCGAAUAGAAUGAACGAUAUUUAGAUAAUGCUUUGAAUUGCUCCCAACGAGAUAUUAAACCUACUGCAGUCUAUAUGGCACAAAUAAUGUGUUUAUGCGCCUAGAAAAUGUCACGCGAUAUUUUAUAGGAUGCAUACCACAUUUUAUGGGAUUUGAUAUAAUUUGGCUUUCGGUGCACUUUUAUGAAACCCUGUAGAACCUGUAUAACGCCUGUAGAACCUGUAGAACCCCUGUAAAACAUGUAGAACCUGUAGAAACCCAUUUUCAGCUAACUUACUUUUCAAUGGCCUUUAGUAUUCGUACAACCCUUUCAAGCUAACAUGCAACUGUUUUUCUUUAUCUGUGUAUCGCAUAUUGGAGUUCUUACACGUAUAGGCCUAUUCGUUAUAAAAUGAAUAGUGUAGCCUAAACUUGGACCUCUGUAUAUUGUGUAUAGCUCACGAAUUUAUAGCUAAACCUAGCUACAUCUUGCAUCCGGAAUUUGACAUUAAGGCCAGGGAUAUACGGUUACAACUUCCUCCGAGGGGCUUCUUCUGAGCAUACAGCCACCUCGCCACUGACCUCAUGGCCUGAAGAUAUCUGGAAGUUACAGUAUGUGACAACUUUUAUUUUCACGAUGUCCAAUAUUAUUUGAGUAAACACAAUCAGCAUGAAACACGUUAUUGUUUCACUUCUGACUUUAAUUUAAUUGAGUCAUUGUACUUUGUGACACAAUGCGAAAAGUCACGGUCAAUUGAAAAAAAAUAUUAUUGAUACUGCUCAGAAAUGAUGGAGAAAGUGUUUUUAACAGACAUUCUCUCGGGACUUAAAAAUGCAAGCAGCUGCAACCUAAUGUCUAUUAAACUUGAUUUGAAAACUUGAAACGAGUUUCAGCUUUCUAUCAAAUCUACAUUUGAAUGUAAUUAAUAAGAAAACUAAUUUGAACGUAGAAAAUGUAAAUAAUUAUGUGGGUUUACAUUUAAAGGAAUUACGCACUAGCUCAAAUUAAAUGUUUUAUUUACUUUGUAACUAGCUCCAGGCUAAGAUCAGUCUUUUCAGAAAUUGUUUAUGUUCGUUUAUUAUUUAUUUGUUUAAUUGUCUAACUUCAUGUCAUGUAUUUCAAUUGGUGUGAUUAAUUCCCCAAA